UGUGUCACGUGGGUCUACGACGGACGUAAACACACCGACAAGCGAACGAUACAUUGCUGACCCGGCGACUGACGGGGCUGGUUGAGAAGAUAGUUAAGUGGUGAAGGCAUUCACUAACUGGCCAAGAUGUCAACUGAAAAGAAAAAGGAUACUCCCCCAAGCUAUACAGAAGCUAUGGAACUCCCGGAGAAAAAUGUUGAAAACAAAGACCCGGCCGCACAGCUCACAGCAAAAUUUACCAAAAUGAAAGUAAUCAAGAACCUGCUGGUUGUGAGCGUGGGCUUCCUGUUCCUGUUCACCGCCUUCCAGUCCAUGUCCAACCUCCAGACCAGCCUCAACAUGAAGAGCGGGGUGGGAUCAGGCAGUUUGUCCAUCUUAUACGGUGCCUUAGUACUAUCGUGUUUAUUUGUUCCGCCCUUCAUGAUCGCACAUCUUGGAUGCAAGUGGACCAUACCACUUUCGAUGUUGGGUUACAUCCUGUACAUGGGCGCCAACUUCUACCCCGUGUGGGGCUUGAUGGCGCCUGCUGCUGUCAUCCUGGGUCUGGGGGCUGCUCCACUGUGGUCGGCUAAAUGCACGUAUCUAACACAAACAGGUGUUUGGUAUGCUAAAAUGACGGGACAAACAGAAGAUGCUGUCAUCAAUGCUUUCUUUGGUGUUUUCUUCAUGAUUUUUCAAACAAGUCAGGUGUGGGGCAACCUUAUAUCAUCCACGAUCUUCAAGGAAGAUGACAAUCACAACGCCACAAACAAAACAUUCGAUGAGCUGUCAAAGUGCGGGGCAAACUUCUUCCCAGCAGACACCAACGUAACCGACAAUACCAACCUGGAGAGACCAGUGACGCAAAAGGUGUACAUAGUAUGUGGCAUCUAUACAGGGUUUGCGGUUCUUGCAGCUGUGACUAUCAUCUUCUUCCUCGACCGAAUCAAACUAGACAAGGAUGACAAUAAGACGAGCAAGAAAGUGUCGCCCCGCCUGCUUAUAUCGACAUUUAAACACCUGAUCAAAUCUCCCUACCAGCAGCUGCUUAUCCCACUGACAAUCUACAGCGGGGUGGAACAGGCCUUCAUCACAGGAGACUUCACGCGGUCCUACAUCACAUGCUCCAUGGGCAUUUCCAACGUGGGCUACAUCAUGAUCUGCUAUGGAGUGGUAGAUGCUUUGUGUUCUUUCACCUUUGGCCGCCUAGUUCAGUACGUCGGACACAUACCGUUCUUCAUUCUAGCGUUCCUGGUCCAUGGAGGUUGUCAGAUAGCUCUUCUUCUGUGGAUGCCGAACCCCGACACUGUGGUGGUGUACUACAUCAUCGCUGCAUGCUGGGGGAUGGGGGAUGCAGUAAUCCAGACACAAAUUAACGCAUUUUACGGGUACCUCUUCACGGAAAACACCGAGGCGGCAUUCGCAAAUUAUCGCUUGUGGGAAUCGGUUGGCUUCAUCAUAACAUACGCCUACAACGACUUCUUGUUCACCUACAUCAAGCUGUACGUGUGUAUUGGGGUGAUGUGUGUGGGUAUGGCCGGCUAUGCCACCACGGAGAUGCUCGUCAGACGUAAACGUUCCGAAUCGAGGGAUCUCCAAAACAAUUGAGCUUACUUUGUGCAUCCCUGUUAAAUCAGGAAAACGGGGUUUCCCAUUCAAUAUGUACUGGACUGUCUUAUCUGCACGACUAUGUUAAAUAUGUGCUAUGUAUAAGUUACAUAUUUCUUUGAUAGAAUUUUGUAUACAGCUCGUACAAACAUGAGACCCUGUAUAUGGAGGAAACUGUAGGCAUUGUUAAUUGAGAGUGUUUGUCUCACAACCCUUCCCAGGUUUUGGUUUUUGUUAUUGACAUUGUCUUCAAUGUGCGCAUGUGUGUCGCAGUUAGAUCAUCAUCAUCAUCAUCAUCAUCAUCAUCAUCAUCAUCAUCGUCAUCAUCAUCAUCAUCCUCUUCCACUACGCCAACACCCUGCAUCAUCAACAGCAAUCAAGGUUAUGGGUUAGUCUGAUAUGUUAUAACAAUGUUGCUUAUAUGUUAUUAUUAUUCCUAUGGACCUUAAUAAUCUAGAUAAUGACUAGUAUAUUUACUUUGUUCAUAUCGUAGGGCUAGUAUUCAUUCCUUUCCAUCACGGAUUUUCAGUGAUCGUUUCCUAAAAUCUUCAUGCUUUUUGUGCCUAUUACGCCAAAUGGAGUUUGUUUCGGCUGAUAACCUAGACUGGUUAUUCUCAGGCGUUGUCGUUUUAUAUAAACUUUCAUACGAUAAAAAAUAUGUAACCAAGGAGUGAAAUAUGUUUGCGAUUUAAUGUUUGACGUCCAAUACUGAUACAAUACGAUAUGGGAGGAUGGUGCCGACAGAACUAUCUGGACGAUUCUUUUAAACUGGGGAACGUCACUGUUCCGGAUGAAAUGAACUUUUUUCACAGAUUUACGAAUGUGACAAAUGGAAAUAUCAAAUAAAUACUAUUACGAAUCUUUUUUUUUAGAUGUGUAAAUGUAACCUUAUGGUGAUGGCCGCGGAAUAGCCUGUCUGUUAAACGCUUGUAGUUAUCCAGAUUUGACUGGCGAUCCUUUAUGAAAUUAUGACAGGUAAACAAAGUACUGUUUGAUCAGUGAACACAUGCAUCCACAGGGACCGUUGGUCAAGUAUCCAUAAACAAUAACUAGUGGGUACAAAUGUAGAUCUAUAAUGCAAGAAGACCUUGAAUCUACCUUUGAUAAACAUGUCACCAACAUUUCAUGUGGCAGGAUAAGAUACAAUGUACAUGCAAAUAUAAAGUUUCAUGCCUUAGGAACUAACAAUUAUGAUACUGGAAUAUUUUACCAAAGCCUGAACGCUAACCUUAAACCUUUAACUGAUUUUUAUCAAGUAUGCAAUAUAUAUGUAAGCCAUAAGCCCCAAUUUUGACACCCCGCAAAAUGCAGUUUUAUGGCCUCUUAUGAAAAGGAUGUAGAAAAUACAAUGUGUGGUUCAUGCUGAUGUGUGUUUGAAUUAAUGUAUAGUCAUACGUCAAAGUGUUGUUCUUUAUCGUACGUAUGUUUUGUGUAUUUGCAUACUUAAUGAACCUUCUUUUAACCUA